GCUCCCUCAGUCUGCUCCUGCGCCUCCGGGAGUCAGGAGGUGUGUUUAGCGCCCUGAUUGAACUUUAUAGCGCUGAAAUCUGAGAGAAGCCUGACUCUGAGAAUGCAGCUCUACAGGUCUGAGCGCUGAUAAAGAGCUGCAGGAGCUCCGGGAGCCUCACGCCGGCCGGAGAGGACGUCAGGCUGGGCUUUUAGACUGGGUUUAUUUAUUUCUACCACACAGCGAUGCGCUGUCACUGCCUCAGAGCUGCGAGGCAGGCUGGAGUUCCUCCGUCGAGGCUGCUGUUGUUCUCUGAGGGGAAUUAAAAGCCUGUGAGCUGCGAGCGACCGGCGAGGAGCAGCGCCACAGGGGGUCUCUGAGAUCAGAUGAGUCUGCAGAAGACGGCGUUCGGUCUACAAAUACACGCAUAAAGCAGCCAGAGCCACCUCCACUAAAUCACCACGCUGACUAACGCUGCAUCGAAAGCAGCACCCAGGCGUCCAAACUCUGACAACAGCCCGUGGGCGUCCAAGACCCACUGACGUGUCACUUUUCCAUCCUUUCUCCACUCGUUCUGAUUCCUCCGUUCGCCGCCCCCUGCGUCCCUGGCUCUCUCUUCCCUCCCGGAUCAGGAAUGGAGCCGGAGGCCAGAUUGGGAUGGGAGGGUCCCCUCCUGGGGACCCUGAAUGGGACAGGAAUUCUGGGAACUACGGCGGUGCCAAGGAUGCAGGGACACAUGGGAAAUUUCUCCUUUAAUGUUUCAGACCAGAGUAUGCCGUUCCAGGGCAGCAGCACUAUGGUAACCGCCGUGAUCUCGCUGACCGUUUUCAUCGUGGGACUCAUCGGAAACACGCUGGCCAUCUACGUGGUCCUCCGCUACGCCAAGAUGAAAACGGUCACCAACAUCUACAUCCUGAACUUAGCCGUGGCCGACGAACUCUACAUCCUGGGCCUUCCGUUCCUGACCACUCAGAACGUGCUCUCCUACUGGCCCUUCGGCUCCUUCCUGUGCCGCGUGGUCAUGACCGCGGACUCUCUGAACCAGUUCACCAGCAUCUUCUGCCUGACGGUCAUGAGCAUCGACCGCUACCUGGCUGUAGUGCAUCCCAUCCGCUCCACCAGGUGGCGCCGGCCCCGGGUAGCUAAGGCGGUCAGCGCCGCUGUAUGGGCCAUCUCCUUCGUAGUUGUUCUGCCUGUGGUCAUCUUCUCUGAUGUCCAGGACACGUUCUACUCAUGCAACAUGAGCUGGCCGGAGCCGCGGGACGUCUGGUCAAUGGCCUUCAUCCUCUACACGGCCAUCCUCGGCUUCUUUGGCCCACUGCUGGUCAUAUGCAUGUGCUACCUGCUCAUCAUCGUCAAGGUGAAGUCGUCGGGCGCACGUGCCGGAUUCACCAAGCGGAGGCGCUCUGAGCGGAAGGUGACGCGCAUGGUGGUGGUGAUUGUGGUGGUCUUCGUUCUCUGCUGGCUGCCGUUCUUCAUCAUUAACAUCGUCAACCUCAUCGUCAUCCUGCCGGAGAACAGCCUGAUGGUGGGCAUUUACUUCUUCGCCGUCAUCCUGUCGUACGCCAACAGCUGCGCCAACCCCAUCCUCUACGGCUUCCUGUCCGACAACUUCAAACAGAGCUUCCGGAAGGUUCUGUGCGUGCGGAAAGCCAACGGUGUGGAGGACGGAGACCCUAGUAUGCCACGGACGGAGAAAACGAUCACGCACGAAUCCUUCUUACCGCCGAGAAACAACGACUUUAACGGACACGUGCAGAGCAGCCAGGAAAUGCAGUUGGAGCCUUGCUCGGGCACGACGCAGGAGCCCCAGCCUGCAAUGCCCAAAAUCAUUGGCCAGUCCUCGCUUUAAACCCUGCACUCUCUCUCUUUCCUUUCUCUUCUCUUCUCUGUCUGUCGUUGGUGUCUAUCUCUCUGUCUAUUCGUCUGUCUGUCGCUUGCUUGCUGUCAAAGGUGUGGCCUCAUACCCUGACUCCGCCCCCUGCGAGCCCGAUGACCCCACUCUCUCGCGCAGCAGAGCUCAGCCUUCACCAAGUGCCAUCUGUUGCCAUGGAGAGCUCCAGCCACGACCUUUGACUUCAUACUCUACCAAUCAGAAGGCUCCGCUCCAUGCGACACCAGUGACUCCACCCACUCACACUCACAGGUGCCAUCUGUUGCUAUGCUAGCAUCAUGCUACAGCCAAUUGGAGUAAAAGCAAGGAUGUCUGGAUGCUUCGUCUUGAUCGAUUGACCCAGUUGAGUUUGUAGCAGUUCCAAGCAGAAUUGCAUUAAUUUCAGUGGAAUUCGCUGCCGUUAAUGUUUUUGAAUAAAUUUAGUUUGUUAAACUUCUUGGCAAGUUCAACUUUAGUGAACUUUAGUAAGCGAGUUUGUGUCUUCAACCAAUAGCACUACUGCUUUGGCUGCAAGGAACUCUGAAGGGGCAUCCCUUCAUUUAGUAACACUGAACCUCCAAACUGGAGGAAACGCUAACUAGUGGCUAAGCACAACCCUUUUAACAUUUCUUUCCUCACUGGCUUUAAAUAAACUCAUGAAAGACAGACAGCAUACUAUGCGGUCAUUGGCAAAUGGCAAAUGUCUAGGGUGUGACUGCGGCUUUAAAAGUGACCAAGGCAUGUGCAGCAUAACAGUUCUCCAUGUUGGUGCGGUUAGCAAGUUAGCUUACGGCAAUGGCACACAAACAUAAUUAUAUUAGAUAAUUAUAUACUCACACGAAUGUAGUGCUGCACAAUAGCUAGCUGUGAUUAACCUACCAUAUACAGUAAAAACAUAAAAGUGAUCGCAAUUAUAUCAGAUAACGUGCUAGUUGAUGACAGGGGGGCAAUUGGUGUGCAUUAACCAAAAAGCUAACGUAGCCUUUCCUGCAAUGUAUCCACAAACCACAAACACAAAAAGACUCAAGACUGACCAUGUAUACAGGCUCACUUUCAUGUGUUUAUUUGUAGACAGAGAGGGAGAAAUGGCCAAAGGUUUGCGCUUAAACACAUCCAAAGUUAGCAUCUCCUCCAUUUUGGACAUUCAGUGCUAUGCAGCCCUUCAGAGAUCAAUACAGCCACAGCACUAUUAGUUGAGGUCGUUGACCACAAACGGGAACAUAAAAUUUAGUCGGCCUGGAAGUCUGCAACACGGAUUAACUGGCUGCGAUGAAUCCCAUUGAAACGAAUAUAACUUUCACUGCCUCGCUGAGAAAGUCGCUGGCAGUUUAAGUACGACUGGGCCUUUAAGCAAAAAAAGAAGGGAUGAAUGGAUGGAGAGAAAGAGACUAGUGAGAAAGGAGAACCAUGCUAGCUGCAUGGUUUAAAUAUUCCCUAAAGUUUUCACUGGUAGUCUGGGAGGUAUACACAGCCUGAGUCACUGCCGUGUUGAUCAGAAAUGCAGGCUGCUGUGCUGAUCAAAUACAGAUGCCAAUCUCUGACAGACUCAUUAGCUUAUCACACUCGCUGCCUCCGCGACUGCAGCGCAGCCCAGCUGUACUAAAGCAGCAAGAAUCCAUCCAGCCGACUCAUACGGGACUCAGCCUUCAAACAUCUUCUGCCGCUAUCGACCGAUACUCUGCAUCCAGUGCUCAAUACCCCACGAACCUUCAGCUGACCCCACUUUAUUGAAGGUGUUUCUACAGACUGUGCACCUCUCUCUUCUCCGCCUGUGGUUUAAAGCACCAGUCUUACGCAAACAGCACUGUUAGCUGCUUGCUGCUGUUUCUCUCCCUGCCCUACAGUGGACAGUCAAAAGCUAGUCUAUAUAUUCUCCCCCUUAUUCCAAGUGUAGUUAAUUAGCCAAAAAAUGCUUGGCGUCUGACAUUUGCUUUUUUAGUUCUGUGCUAGUGAAGCUAACGCAGCUAACGAGAUAAGGUUAGCUUAGCCACCAGAAACACUAUACACGUCACUGUUUAACUGAAAAAGGGUUGACUUGGCUGCCUUGAACCUCAAAUUCAAGUGUGACUAGUUCAAAAUGUUCAAUCUCUACCUUAAAAAAGCCAAAGAAAACACUGACGCAACUGGGAAUUCCUCAUUUAGCAUACAGAGUCGUAUUAGCAUGGCUUCUCACACUGUCAACAGCAACAAACCAGCACUUCUCAACUCUUAAAUGAGAUUUUUGUAGUUUUAGCUUCAACAUACAGAUACAGUAGCAAAUCUAGAGCAAUUACUGUACAGUUUGAGAAGGUAACUACAUUAUGAAUGUUAACAUUAUCACUCAUAUCACUAGCAUCAGCUAGCUAGCUUGACGCUAACAGUACUCAAUUUCAUGGGGGCGUCCAGUUUUUUCCGCACUUCAAACUCUUUCGAAUUUUAGGACAGAUGAGUUACUUCAGGUUGAGUUGUUAAGGUAAUCUUAAACAGGGUUUCUUAUGCCUGAACUUGUACUUGUGUUAGCCACAUUAGCCUUGUAGCUUCACUGUAAAACUAAAGAAGCAAACUUCAGACAGUAAACCAGUCUUGACUUAUCAGCUACAUCUGUGUAAAGGGUGCAAACUGUGUAAAGAUGAUUUAUGGCCAAACUGUUGCUUUAAAAGAGGUUCUAAGAGCUUUCAGAGCUCAGUAGCUGUUAGCCAUGAUGUAUGGAUGUUGUGUUCUCUGUGCUUCUGUAAUUAUCUGUUCAUCCUG